AUCAACAUAUCACUGCCUUUCAUUGAUAAAAAGCCUUUGUGUUAACAUUUCCUCAUCUUGUGUACUCGCUGUCGCUUUCGGACGCGUUUUAUCAAGACAUACGUCAUCUGAAUAUUGGCAAUGGCAUCACGUGCAGGGCCAAGAGCUGCAGGGACUGAUGGCAGUGAUUUCAAACACAGAGAGAAAGUGGCAUCUCACUAUCAGAUGAGUGCUUCAUCAAAAUCUGAGAUAAAGAAGCUCACCGUAGUGCAUUUCCUCAUAUGGAUACUGGUGGCAGCUCAAGUGGCUGUUAGUCAUCUCAAUCUGGUGUCUCAUGACCUGGUGGCCAUGCCCUAUCAGUGGGAGUAUCCGUAUCUUUUGAGUCUCGUGCCCUCGUUUAUUGGAGCGCUGGCCAUGCCGAAAAACAACAUCAGCUACCUGGUGAUCUCCAUGAUCAGUGCUGGAUUGUUCUCUGUAGCACCCUUGAUUUUCGGGGCAAUGGAAAUGUUUCCUCUGGCCCAGCAGCUGUACCGACAUGGAAAAGCCUACAGGUUCAUCUUCGGCUUCUCUGCUGUUUCUGUGAUGUAUCUAGUCAUGGUGAUUGCUAUUCAAGUGCACGCAUGGCAGAUCUACUACAGCAAGAAGCUUCUAGAUGCCUGGUUCAACUCAACGCUAGAGAAGAAGAAGAAAUAAAAACAUUACUGAAAUUAUUCCCCUCGAUAUUUACGUCUCGGUUGCUACUGUAUAAUGCAUGGAGCCAUUUAUAAUGUUUUAUAAUUAAAAGCUGAUAAGUUACAUCUGAAAUUUGCUUCUAAAAUUAGACUUUCUCCAAGACAUCCUUGUGUAGGUUCUGUCAUUUAAUUUCUUUUCAUUGCCUUUAAAGUGAUAUAACUGAACAUAAACACAGGAUCUCGAGAAAAUGUCGAAUUUUAGGAGAUGUAAGAUCACACUUAGAGAUUUUUGCAUUGAACUCUUCAUAUAUAACUGUAAGCCAGUUCAUUUGAUGCAUUUUACAUAUAUUGUCUUAUAUUUACAUUAUGUUCACUUUGCAUUAUAAAUGUUUUAAGAUUUCAUUUAAAACCUAACAUUUUGUUACAUUGCAAAUUGUUACCUCAGAUUCAGAAGGUUUGCAGUUUAUGGUGUGUCUAUACAGAGCCAUACAAUUCAUU